AUGGCGACUUGUCUCGAACCCGGUCGCGCGGCGUGGCGCGGGCCGGUGAACGCGCGGGGCGCGCUUCGAGGCGAUUCGACCGGUCGCCCGCGACGCGCCCCCCGCCCUGCCGGCACGCCCGGCACAUCCGGCGAACGAAGCCGCAGCAGAGGCGCUCGCCUCGUCAACCGCGCCCGCGCGGACGAAGACGGACGCGACGCCGCCGCCGCCGCCGCGAGGCUCGCGCCCCUCGAGGCGUCCACCGCCGCGGGCUCCGAGCUCGAGCGCAUACUCAAGACCGACCCGGUCGCCUUCGAGCGCGCGCUCUCGGACCAGGUCGGCUCCCGCCCCCCGGCCCCCCCUCCCCUCCUGCCGCAAUCCCUACUCUCGGAGUUUACGCUUUUUUUUUGGCCGACCCGCCUCGGAUUUUGGCCAGCCGCCGCCCGCCGGCGCGGGCGGUGGGAUGCGCGCACGCGGCCGGAACGCGCCGGGGAGGGUUACGAGUGCGGGUGUUUCGGCGCGUCGAGCGAAGGCGCGGGCGGCGGGCCCCGCGCCGAGUCACCGCGCGCGCGUUCCCCCCUCGCAUCCCGUCGCGAAGAAAAAGCGCAACGACCACUUUUUUCACGCUUUUCCGCCCGGGCAAACAACGCGUCGAGUCACGAACGUUUCACCCGAAUGCUUACCGAAUCUAUCCCCCCUCCCAUCGUGUUCCCUCGUUCGCAGCUUCGCGCGAUGGCAUCCGACGUGUUCCACCCGUCGUUCCCCGGCGGACGCUCGGGUUCCCUCCGCGACCGCGUCGGCGGCUCGUUCGGAGCACAGCCGUCGUCGUUGCAACCCGGGCACAGCUGCGACUUGCGGGAAAAGCCCGGCGCGGGCGACGGCUUCCCGUCGACGGAGUACCUCCAGCUCGAGGGCGUCAUCUCGUCCAAGGGUGCGUCCUCGGGGGCUGCCGAAGGGGGUGCCGAAGGGGGUGCCGACGCAUCGAUGUCCAGGCUGGACAAGUCGUCCAAGGGUGCCAAGAACGGGCACCCGAAGGAGCCGUGCGAGGAUGAGCGCAACCCCAGCUCGCGGCCCAACGCGGACAAGGCGGAGCGCGUCAUCUUGUCCGAGCUCGCCGACGCCGUCGCGUUUGGGGCGAAAGUCGACCGCGCGAACGAGCUCAGGGACGCGAUGUACCUAUCCGUGGUGGCGCGACACUGCGCUCUCGGCGUCCCGCUCGUUCCCGAGGUGGAAGCCUUUCAAGGUUCGAGGGGCUCGUCGAGGGGGUCCGCUUUGUUUGGGGGGUCCGUCUCGGGGCGAGGAGUCGGCGGCGGCGGAGGGAGGCGAACCGGGGCGCACGAUCGCAAGGUUUCCCGCCUGGUCCGCGAGUGCCUCCCCACGGGCGCCGACGAGCUCAUCGAGCGGCACAUCGACCGGAUCAUCUCCGACGUUGAGGCUUUUGGUCUGUCGGACGGCGCGCUCGCGGGGGCGUAUCGUAAGAGCGCUUUGUUUGGAUACUUUUUGCGAUGCGCGGCGACGCGGCUUGCGCUGGAGCACUCGUUCCAGGCCACGCCCACCCGGGACGAGAGGCUCCCGGGUGACGACGAGGAGCACGCGCGUCACCUGCGGGAGGACGGGUACGAGCUCGUGUCGAACAUAUCGUCCCUGCCCGCGUAUCCCAGCUCCAUCGGCGACUGGAUAGCGGAGGAUGGCGACGACGUCGACGACGAGCAGCGCGUCGACCCGGCGGUUUCGGAGGCGAGGGCGCGACGGAGGCGCGAGGCCGAGGCGACGUUUAGGGCGCAGGCGACGCGCGCUAAAGCCGAGGCGACGUCCCGGACCGCACGUUCCGACAUCACCGAGUCGACAUCACCGAGGACCGCCGGGAGCGACGAGUUCGACGCCGACUCCCCCGAGGCUGAGCUGGAACGCGCGAGGGAGAGGCGGCGGGAGCGUCAGUGGCGCCGCGCGUUGGGCGGCGCGUACCCCGAUCGACCGCUCGCCGCGUUCCCCUCGUCCAUCGGCGAUUGGAUCGCAUCUUCUUCGUCCGCCGACGACGACGCCGAGUACGACGAACCCUUCUACGAGAAGCCCAUCUUUGACGCCGUCGAGGAUGCGGACGCCGCGCCCAACCUGCGAGCCUUCGUGGACGCGAUGGAGCCGACGCUUCGCGCACAGCUGGCGACGAUUGGCCAGGCGGACGUCGCCGCCGUGCUCGACUCGCACGUCGCCGCGCUCUUCUACGGGGACGUCGAGGCGGCCCCGCGGGACGUUCGUGGAGCCACGGCAGGCGGCGAUGGAGUCGAGGCGGAGGUCGUCUCGUUUGAUUUCGCGGGUCUCGCGGGUCUCUCGAAAGGGUUGAUGCCGCUGGACGGCUUGCGGUACAUGGUGGUGGAGGCUUGCGCGUUCGGGGCGAGUUUGUGGAGCGCGGAGAGGCGUUGCGAGAGGUACGAUCUCACGCGAAGGAGCGUCGACGGCGCCAAGGAUCAGAGCGAGUCGCGGCGAUGAGAGCACAUGGGUGGCGGGGAUUUGUUUGGGGGGACACGAGACGAGACGGGGGGAAAACAAUCGGGGGGAAACGCGUCGACGACGUGAAAGUUAGCGAGUGUGCGGGCGCGGUCAAACGGAACCCAGCCUCCCCUUUGACUCGGGGGGGCGGGUGCCGCGCCCGAUGCGUGUAUUCUUUUGGAGUUCGCGACGAGAUGAACGAAGCGAGACCUAAUAACCUAUGAGCAUGUAUCCAUAUUUCAACAAGACAGGAAAAGAGUGGCU